CAUACCGGAUCUAAAGGUCACAUGACUCACUGACUUCUGACGUCACGUGGAAUCCCUUUUCUUCAUUUCGCAGUUUUUAACAUUUUUCUCAAGUUUUUACGCGAAUACUUGUAAAUUGUUGUAGUAUUAUACUUAAAUCAACCACACGGAUUAACUUCAUGUCACAGAGAUGGCAGGGGUUUUUGAUUUGGAGCUCCACGAGGCCGCUACCACCAGUUUAGAGGAUUCGGAAGAAGAAAAUAUUGAAGUCGACGAAAAUGUCGAGGCGCAGUUUCUAGAAGCUGGUCCUAAUAUAGAUUACAGUGGAGAAGAUAUAGAAACAUUGGAACUAUCGGAGAAUACAGUCAACCCUGGGCAACUGAAGGCUGGACCACAUGACUUUGAGCUUCUCAAAGUAUUAGGGAAGGGAGGCUAUGGAAAAGUUUUUCAAGUUAGGAAAUUACACGGAAAAGAUCAUGGAAAAAUAUUUGCAAUGAAAGUUUUGAAAAAAGCUACAAUUGUACGUAAUGCAAAGGACACUGCACACACAAAGGCUGAACGUAAUAUCUUGGAGGCUGUCAGGCAUCCAUUCCUCGUUGACUUAAUAUACGCCUUCCAAACCUGUGGGAAACUCUACCUAAUUCUGGAGUAUUUAAGUGGAGGGGAACUAUUUAUGCAGCUUGAAAGAGAAGGAAUAUUCAUGGAAGACACAGCUUGUUUUUAUUUAUCUGAGAUUACUAUGGCGAUUGAACACUUACAUUCACAAGGAAUUAUAUACAGGGACCUUAAGCCAGAAAAUAUACUGCUAGAUACAAAAGGUCAUAUAAAACUUACAGACUUUGGGCUGUGUAAGGAAUCCAUUCACGAUGGAACUUUCACUCACACGUUCUGUGGAACAAUAGAAUACAUGGCUCCUGAGAUUCUGACGAGAAGUGGUCACGGCAAAGCUGUUGAUUGGUGGAGCUUAGGAGCACUGAUGUACGACAUGUUGACUGGAGCUCCUCCUUUUACUGCUGAAAAUAGAAAGAAAACAAUAGAUAAAAUUUUAAAAGCAAAGUUGUCCUUUCCGCCAUAUUUAACAUGUGAGGCUAGAGGACUUAUAAAAAAGCUUCUCAAAAAGAAUGUACAAGAGAGACUGGGAUAUGGAGAAGAAGAUGGAAAAGCUAUUAAAAACCACUUAUGGUUCAGGCAUAUCAACUGGACUGACUGUUGUAAUAGGAAAAUAGAGCCCCCAUUUAAACCUAGUAUUGUAAGUUAUGCUAUUAAAAACCACCUUUGGUUCAGGCAUAUCAACUGGACUGACUGUUGUAAUAGGAAAAUAGAGCCCCCAUUUAAACCUAGUAUUACAUCAGAGGAAGAUGUGAGUCAGUUUGACACUAAGUUUACACAACAACCUGCAGUUGACUCUCCCGAUGAUUCCAUGCUCAGUGACAGUGCAAAUCAAGUAUUUCUAGGCUUCACUUAUAUAGCGCCAUCUGUAUUAGAAGAAAUGAACAAACCUUGGAGGGAAGUGAAAGAACCACGAUCACCCAGGAAAAUUGGACCAUCUCCGAUCACAUCGAGAACAUCAUGCAUGAGUCCCGUGAAGCAGCAAGAAAAUGCAACAUUUGGUUUUAAUUUAAAUGGAACUGUAGAUGAAGAUAUGGAAAUGGACACUAGUUCUCCAUCUAGCCACCAUGUGGCAGCAGCAGGUCAACAUCGAUCUCCAGCAAUCGCAACAAAAAAUAAAGAUGGUAGUAAACGGGAAGUUUUUCCUGGUACUCAAAAUAGACCUCCCCAUCUACGUCUCGCAUAGUCAUAGAUUUGAUAGGAUAAUUUUAGUGGAUUUUAUUACGUCGUCAAUUAUAGAGGUUGGAGAAGGCAAUACUGAAAUUAGUCAAGCUUUAAUAGUAACUUAUAAUCGGAAAGAACACCAGCAUGCCAUAUAAGGAGAUACCUCUUGCAAAAAUCGUAAAAAUAACCUGUAAACAAAUGUGUAUAUUUAUAUUUACAAAGUACGCAGAUGAAUAUUUAUAGAUAAAUUCUGGGUGAAAGUAUGACUAUGAUGGUAUUUGGGAGAAGCAAACCUUAUGCCUCUGGAGAAUGGAAAUGGAUAUUUUGGUGGAGUUGAAAACAAAUGAUCAUCAGAAAGCAACAUUUAUAACAUGUGAUCAAUAGAAAGCAACAUUUAAACAAAUGGCCAUCAGAAAGCAACAUUUAAAUGUGUGAUCAAUAGAAAGAACAUGUAAACCUCAAUCAUACACCAAUGAUUAU